UAUCACUUCCGGUUGUCAACGAGUUGCCAAUAACUCCUCUGAUUAGUGGUUCUCCGCCGAUGGAAGCGCGUCUGAUUUCCUCUAAGGCUUUAGUCGUCUGUUGUGCCCUUAUUUACCAUGUAUCAGGAGCUAAUCAAACGUUUCUUUCAGUUCCAGCCCCACAGAAAUACCUCAAAGAAGGUAAAACUCUUAAGCUGAGUUGUAAAAUCCACGGAAGGCCAUUGUUCGUCAGCCGAGUUUCUUGGAAACACAACGGAGAUUGGCUUCACAAUCAAACCAAGCAGGAAGUCGGAGCGGUGAAGCUCAUUCUCACGAAAGUUACACGUCAUCAAGAAGGAAUUUACCAGUGUGGUGUAUACAAUUCAUCUGGGCUCAGCCCUAGCGAAGCAAUUCCGGCAGAUGCAAAUGUGACACUUUUUGUUGGAGGGGCAAUCAAGGCAGUAUGUGAAUCAAGUGAUUUGGCAUCCCCCAAUUAUAGGGACUUGCUUCACUGGAAUGCUUUGGUUGACCAUCAAGCUGUUCAACGACCUUUCACUUACCAAAUUUUUUACUGUAAUUUGGAUUGUUUUCAUCCUCCCAGCGGCUACAGCAUUUUCAGCGGCUGUCCUAUAAUCCCAAAGUCAAAUGGUGGGAUGGUCAUGGAAUUCAAUCUUACAUCCCUCUACAAGAAAGUAUUUCCAAAGCUGUUUAGUGAUAAUGAAAAUAUCCCACAUCUAUGGAUUUUUUUGGCCAUUGGAAUAGCAAAUAUGGAUGAUGAAAUCAUUAGUAAACAAGUCCGAUGUCCUGUAUACCACCCAGUAAAGUGUACGAAGCCAGCAAACAUACGUUUAAACAACUUAAUGGCAACUCAGGUGACAUUGAUAUGGGAUCUUCCAAAGGAUGUGCCACAGGAUUAUCAGGGAAAUCUUAUUUAUUGGAUUCGUGUAGUAACUGGUAGCAGCCAUGGUGAUUUUCCUAAACAUAUUAAGGUGAUAAGAAAAAAAUUUUCAAAUGAGACUAUGAGAAGGAACAUCAGUGGUCUUCACCCAUAUACCUGGUAUCAUAUCUACAUCUCUUGCUCAAUUCAGACUAUAGUGGCCUCAAAAGCUACUCAGGGAGAAGAAGUGGGCCCAUUCUCAGCUAGGACCGGGGAAAAAGCCCCCAGCUCAUAUCCUAAAUUUUUGGAAAAUGCCACAAACACAAGGCUAUAUGGACAGUACAGAGAUGUUACUCUUCAUUGGGAGCUUCCCGACAGUGGCACAUGGAAUGGUAACAUCACUCACAUUGUGCUACGUUAUUGGCUAGCAAACAGUAACGUUACUGAAGCUAACAUCCGUCGUGUGAUUGUGUUAAGCAAUGUUUCCAUGACAAAUGGCACCUUAAAACAGCUACGCCAGGACGAGGUGUAUGAGGUGACGGCAGAAAUGUGCACCAGCGUGGGGUGUGGACUUCCUAGCCAAUCGGUCUUCAUACCAAGACUGUAUCAUACAGAUGGAACCCAUGUUCCACGUACGAUCGAACAAGGAGAUAAUUAUUACAUCAUUGGUGUCGUGUUGGGGUUACUGCUCUGUGUUGGAUGUUUAACUGUAAUGGCCUAUUAUUGGCACAGGAGACGUAGAGGAGAAGGCGUACCAUCACUGAAAUAUGUCCUUGGAAAAUUACCGCCUCCGAGUUCAAUUUCGUGUGAAAGCGAUACUGGAUCAGAAAAAAGAGAGGACAGCCACACUUAUGACGUAACCACUUCGCCUCUGCUCGGCGGCGACAAGAACGAAUACGUGCAAAUGAAAACCCCUGAGCCUGCGCCCAAUGCAUCAAUGAGCCGACGCUGCACAACAGUUAAUAUAAUAAAGACUUUGCAGCAUUCAACGAAACCUUUAUUUAUUGGAGAAUUAGUUUUAACUCAGAACUGGUGCACAUAAUUUCAGUAUACACUGAUCUCCUACAGAGUUUUUGAAAGCACGGCGUCAGGAUAAAAUAAAACAAGUAUUUUCAUA